UGUCCUCUCUCCUCUCGCACAGUGGUGCUGCUGGACUUCGCCAAGGCACACGGGGAGCUGGGCUGGCUCACCCAUCCCUACGGAAAGGGGUGGGACCAGCUGCAGAACGUCCUCAACGACUCCCUGAUCUACAUGUACUCGGUGUGCAACGUCCUGGAGGGCGAGCAGGAGAACUGGCUCCGCACCAACUGGAUCUACCGCGGGGCGGCCCAGCGCAUCUUCAUCGAGCUGCAGUUCACCGUGCGCGACUGCAACAGCUUCCCCACGGCCGGCGGCGGCUCCUGCAAGGAGACCUUCAACCUCUACUACGCCGAGUCUGACGUGGAUUACGGCACCAACUUCCAGAAGCGGCAGUUCAGGAAGAUCGACACCAUCGCUCCGGACGAGAUCACCGUGCAGGAGGAUUUCGCCGCCCGCAACGUGAAGCUCAACGUGGAGGUGCGGUCGGUGGGGCCGCUGCGCAGGAAAGGUUUCUACCUGGCCUUCCAGGACCUGGGCGCCUGCGUGGCGCUGCUCUCCGUGCGCGUCUACUACAAGCGCUGCCCGGCCGUGGUGCGGGGCAUGGCGCGGUUCCCCGAGACCGUGGCCGGGCCGGACUCGCAGACCCUGGCCGAGGUGCGGGGCUCGUGCGUGGCCGAGGCGGUGGCCGAGCAGGCGCCCGCCCUGCACUGCAACGCCGACGGCGAGUGGCUCGUGCCCAUCGGGGAGUGCCUGUGCCGCGCCGGCUUCCAGAGCCUGGGAGACGCCUGCCAAGCUUGUCCCCCCGGCACCUUCAAGGCCGCGGUGUCCUCGGGGGGCUGCCAGCCCUGUCCCCCCCACACCCUGCCCGCCCCGGCCGCCGCCGCCACCUGCCCGUGCGAGGAUGGAUUUUUCCGGGCCCCUGAGGACCCCCCGGAGCAUCCCUGCACCCGUCCCCCCUCGCCCCCCCAGGCUGUCACAGCCCUGGGCUUGGGGGCCGCGGUGCAGCUGCGCUGGGCCCCCCCUGCCGACCCCGGUGGCCGCGAGGACGUCACCUACAGCGUCACCUGCGAGCAGUGCUGGCCAGAGAGCGGCGAGUGCCGGCCCUGCGACGGGGGCGUCCGGUUCUCGCGGCCCUCCCGAGGGCUCACGGGGACAGAGGUCACCGUCACCGACCUGGAGCCGCACGUCAACUACACCUUCACCGUGGAGGCCCGGAACGGAGUGUCCCCCUACAGCCACCGGCGCAGCGCGGCCAGCGCCACCAUCAGCGUCAACCAGACGGAGCCCCCCCGGGUGACAUCGGUGAGCCUGGAUGGACGGACGGCCACCAGCCUGGUCCUGUCCUGGACGGUGCCACUGCGGCAGCAGAGUCGCGUCUGGAAGUACGAGGUCACCUACAGCAAGAAGGUGGACGAGAACAGCUACUCUGUGCUGCGCUGCGAGGGCACCUCUGUCACCCUGCCCAAGCUGUCCCCAGGCACCGCCUACGUGGUUCGGGUCCAGGCGCUCACCGCCGACGGCCACGGGGCCUUCAGCCCCCAGCACGAGUUCGAGACCCUGCCCGAGGGUGAGGGGGCCAGCGGUGCCGGGAGUGAGGGGGGGGGGGGGGGCGGCGUCGUCUUUGUCGUCGGGGUCUUGGCCGCCCUCCUCUGCAUCCUCCGGCGGAGGAGGAGGUCACGGCCGCGCCAAUCCGCUGAGGACGUCUACUUCUCCAAGUCAGACCAGCUGAAGCCCCUCAAGACCUACGUUGACCCCCACACCUACGAAGACCCGAACCAAGCCAUGCUCAAGUUCACCACCGAGAUCCCUCCGUCCUUUAUCACCCGCCAGAAGGUCAUCGGAGCUGGUGAAUUCGGGGAGGUGUACAAGGGCACCCUGAAGCGCGGCAGGAAGGAGGUGCCGGUGGCCAUCAAGACGUUGAAGGUGGGGUACACGGAGAAGCAGCGCGUGGACUUCCUGAGCGAGGCCACCAUCAUGGGACAGUUCUGCCACCACAACAUCAUCCGCCUCGAGGGCGUCGUCUCCAAGUACAAGCCCUUCAUGAUCAUCACAGAGUACAUGGAGAAUGGGGCACUGGAUAAAUUCCUGCGGGAAAAAGAGGGCGAAUUUGGCAUCAUCCAGCUGGUGGGGAUGUUGAGGGGCAUCGCCGCCGGCAUGAAGUACUUGGCCAACAUGAACUACGUCCAUCGGGACCUGGCUGCCAGGAACAUCCUGGUGAACAGCAACCUGGUGUGCAAAGUGUCUGAUUUUGGGCUCUCAAGGGUGCUGGAAGAUGACCCUGAAGCCACCUACACCACCAGCGGCGGGAAGAUCCCCAUCCGUUGGACAGCACCCGAAGCCAUCUCCUACCGCAAGUUCACCUCUGCCAGCGACGUCUGGAGCUACGGCAUCGUCAUGUGGGAGGUGAUGUCCUACGGCGAGCGGCCCUACUGGGAGCUCUCCAACCACGAGGUGAUGAAGGUCAUCAACGAGGGCUUCCGCCUCCCGGCGCCGCUGGACUGCCCCUCAGCCAUCUACCAGCUGAUGCUGCAGUGCUGGCAGCAGGAGCGCUGCCGGCGCCCCAAAUUCGCCGACAUCGUCAGCAUCCUGGACAAACUCAUCCGCGCCCCGGAGUCCCUCAAGGCACUGGCAGAUUUCGACCCCCGGGUGUCCAUCCGGCUGCCCAGCGCCAGCGGCUCCGAGGGCGUCCCGUUCCGCUCGGUGCCCGAGUGGCUGGAGUCCAUCCGCAUGCCCCAGUACACCGAGACCUUCAUGGCCUCGGGCUACAGCACCAUCGAGAAGGUCCUGCAGAUGACCAGCGAGUGAGUCCCUGUCCCUGUGCUGUCCCCUUGUCCCCCACUGUCCCCACACUGUCCCCAUACCCCUCCUCCAGCUCCCGUGGGACAGGAAUGUGCUGGGAACGGAAACCACUUCCACGGCCUUGGUGGCCCGAGGGAUGGGAUAAAAUUAGAUGUUCCUUGGCCAGAGAGGCUGGGAUGAGCUGUGUCUGUCCAUCUGUCCCUUGAGAUGUGCUGCGUUCAUCCAUCCCUCGGGAUGAGCCGUGUCAGUCUGUCCAUCUCUCAGGAUAAGCCAUGUCCAGCCAUCCAUCCAUCCAUCAUCCAUCCAAAUGAGCCAUGUCCAUCCAUCCAUCCAUCC